AUGACAACAAAAGACGUAGCAUUAGGAGCAAUUGUGAAACAUAUCCACGAAAUAUCAGCUCUUUGUAGAAUCCAUGUUGAAGACAUCGGAGCUCUCUGUCCAAAGCAUGUAUCCACCAGGUGGAUCUAUGAUUAUAAUAUUUGUAUGUUUAUUAUCAAGUAUCAAGACAAAAUUUCAAGAUAUACGCGUAUUGAUAUUGAAAACAUCAAGUUCUUAAGAGACUGCUUGGCAAUUCUCAAGAAGCUUAUUUCCACGUUCGAAUCAGAUAAAACCAAGAUAUCUGAUUGCUACGUAUGGCUUUGCAAGGGUAUUGAAGCACUCCAAUACCUUUCCAGCAGCAACAACAAUCCUUUUGCUGGAAUCCUUUCAAGAUCGUUGUUGAACUAUACCCUUGGAUCGGACUUUGGAGGUCUUUGGUGCUUAGCCUUCGCUUUUACACCGAAAGGUAGGUAUUAUUUCAACCAAAAAUUCGUCCACGGAGCGCAGAUCAACGAAUCUCCGGCAAUUAAUUCAUUUGAUAUUACAAACGUAACUUUCGUUAAUCCAGUAGAAGACAUUCAA